AUGCUGGACAAGGAAAUUGACGACGUCAAACAUAUUUUCGACGAGAACGUAAAAAAGGAGGCGUCGGGAACAAUUUGUUUGAACCACAAAAACAUUCCCUUGGUUUCCGGUGCUCUCAAAUGGGCGGAAGAACUAAAGCAGCGGAUUAGCGAACCAAUGAGCGACUUUAACCGAUUGGAAAAUCCAUACUCCGAGACUGUUUAUGGGAAAUGGUUUUCGGAGGUUGGGGAGAUCUGCAGUUUCAACCUGAAGCAGCCAAUACUCACUAGAAAUGAGGAGAAUAGUCUGCUCUCAGUCAACUUUGACCCUCAGGUUGGACUGUCUGCUCAUAUCCAGUUGGCUGCAGUUCUGAAGGAAGUGAAAUACUUGCAACUCGCGAACAAGGAGGACAUCCCGGCAAAGGCUUUUGAACUCUUUGAAAAGGGGGAGACUCUGAGGGAGUAUUUGAACAACUUGAACUUGACUGUCGCGCUCUAUAACAAGAUCAGAGAACAAGUUUUGGAAAUUGAAAUGUCUUUGAUUGAAAAUGAAAUGAAUUCCUUCGACCAGCAGAUCAAAGCAGCCGAAACCUCGUUGAAUUGGGAUAGUCCUGGUCACCACUUUCCAGUCAUUUGUUAGACGUGCUUGAAUUCUCCAAACAAAGGAAGGAUUGUAUAAUCGACCUCGACUGUCGAAUACAAAAAACCAAAGACAACGUCGACCAGAUAAAGAAAUUGAUUGAAACUUGGAGCUCUACCCCACUACUAGAGCGUAAAGAAGGCAGAAACGACUCGCUCAUCAACCUCGAUGACAGAACCGAGAGAUUUCAGAAGCGGUACAACGAAGUGACAAAGGUGGGAGAGCAAAUCCACC